CUGAGCCCAAGUCGCCUGCCUUCCUAGCUGUCUGGCUGCCUGGCCCGCCACCACCUCCACCUCCACCCCCUUUAACAAACAACCCGCGAUGGGACUGCUGCCCCCGCGCAAGAAGUCCAACCUGCUCUUCAAGCAGCGCUCGAGCGCGCACAAGCGGCCCGAGGAGGACCCGCUCGUUGCGACGCCGCUGCCGCUGGAGGCCCAGAAGCUCAAGACGCACAUCCUGCAGGCCCACCCGCAGCCGCUGCUGCGCUUCAGCAUGAGCCGCAUGCGCCACGUCGUGGCCCAGUCCCCCGUGGAGAUCCCGGCCGAGCUCCGCAAGAAGAACCUCGUGACCAGCCGCGUGUCCGGCCGCAGCGUGCCGCUCACGCGCAGCAUGUGGGACAAGCAGAUGAAGCAGUACAAGAAGCACAAGCUCGACGUCAUCGGCGAGGGCAUCCACUACCAGUGACAGGAUGGCUGGACGAUCCGCAGUCCACCCAACCCAAACGCACAACUGAUACCUUACGCAGUGCCGUGAAUACUGUUCACCCUCGUCGAGAUGUAGAUAAAAGUUCCUAUGAAAAGCCAAAUACACUAUCAACUG